AUGGCUCGCCGUCCUCGCCACGGUCGCCCCUGGACCUCUUACUCAUUGCCCUACGAUGACAUCCCGAAGUACUUGUACUUUGUUGAGCACGCGGGAUCCCAAUCCUUUGAAGACAAUAACGGCACCUUUUGGGCAGCUGACGGCUGCACCACAGGCCGCCGAGGUCUAGUUCGUCUUCAGAACUUGAUUGACCAGCAUGUUAACUGGUACAAUCGGAGCGCUACGCGCUUUAUUUCUGCAUUCUCCAACUACAAACAUGCACGAAACUGGGCUAUGCAGCGUUACGGACCGGUCACCAUCCACACAAUCAACACCUGUCUUGUGUGCGAGGACUGUCCUCCCAUCUUCUAUGCGCCUAGAUUUACUGACAACUGUUGGGAGACCAGCGAAUACCUGUUUCUCAACUACAUCCCUGGUCAUUCUAUCAUUCGCAGCAGAACUCUCUGA